AAAAUGGGACGACCUUUCCUGCAGUAUGUCUUUCCGUUACUCAACGUGCUUUUUGGUGUAGCCUUGGGCGCUUUCCCCAGCAAUGUCCAAAUAGGCGGACUGUUCGCAAGAAGUACAGAUCAGGAAAAUAGCGCCUUUCGGUUCGGGAUUUACCUUCACAACACCAACCCUAACAUCUCCGAAGCGCCUUUCGCUCUCACUCCACAUGUCGACAACCUCGAGUCUUCCAACAGUUUCUCAGUGACCAAUGCUUUUUGUUCACAGUAUUCCAAAGGCGUUUAUGCCAUUUUUGGGUUCUAUGAUAAGAGAUCUGUGAACACGCUAACGUCUUUCUGUGGAGCAUUACACACAUCCUUCAUCACUCCAAGCUUCCCCACGGAAGGAGAAGUUCAGUUUGUAAUUCAACUGAGGCCACCACUGCAAGGAGCACUCUUAAGCCUUCUUAUCCACUAUAAAUGGGAGAGAUUUGUCUACCUGUAUGACACAGACAGAGGAUAUUCCAUCCUUCAGGUAAUCAUGGAAGCUGCUGUUCAGAAUAAUUGGCAGGUUACAGCAAAGUCAGUUGGAAGCAUCACUGAUGUGAUGGAAUAUAGAAGAAUCUUUGAGGAAAUGGACAAAAGGCAAGAAAGAAGAUAUUUAAUAGACUGUGAACUAGACAGACUGAAUGCUAUUCUGGAUCAGGCAGUGAAUGUUGGUAAAAACAUCCGAGGCUACCACUACAUGUUGGCUACUCUGGGCUUCUCUGAUCUUGUACUUGAUAAAUUUAUUGAGACAGGAGUCAAUGUCACUGGCUUCCAGCUUGUGAAUUAUGACGAUCCAAUGGUGCAAAAAUUCAUGCAGAGAUGGACAAAGCUCGAUCAGAGAGAGUAUCCUGGAACUGCUGCCAGCACAUUAAAGUUUACUGCUGCUUUGACCUAUGAUGGCAUAUUCGUCAUCGCUGAAGCUUUUCGGUAUCUACGAAGGCAACGGAUUGAUAUCUCAAGAAGAGUAACUACUGGAGACUGCUUAGCCAAUCCUGCAGUACCUUGGAGCCAGGGAAUUGAUAUUGAACGGGCUCUAAAACAGGUACGAGGCAGAGGACUGACUGGAAAUCUACAAUUUGACAACUAUGGACGCAGAUCAAACUAUACCAUUGAUGUUUAUGAACUAAGACCUUCUGGACCACGGAAGAUUGGAUACUGGAACGAAUAUGAAAGACUGGUGACCAUUGCUGAUAUGCAACAGAUGAAUGAAUCAACUUCAGCUGAAAACAGAACAAUAGUAGUCACAACUAUAAUGGAAUCACCGUAUGUAAUGCUGAAGAAAAAUCAUGAACAAUUUGGUGCAAAUGAUAGAUAUGAAGGCUAUUGUGUGGAUUUAGCUUUUGAAAUAGCCAAGCAUGUUGGCAUUAAAUAUAAACUGUCUGUUGUCCCUGACGGUAAAUAUGGAGCUAGAGAUCCUGAAACUAAAAUCUGGAAUGGAAUGGUGGGUGAACUAGUAUAUGGGAGAGCUGACAUUGCUGUUGCACCACUCACUAUAACUUUGGUCCGAGAAGAAGUUAUUGACUUUUCCAAACCUUUCAUGAGUCUUGGUAUUUCAAUAAUGAUAAAGAAGCCCCAAAAGUCCAAGCCAGGAGUGUUCUCUUUCCUGGAUCCUUUGGCCUAUGAGAUUUGGAUGUGCAUAGUCUUCGCCUACAUUGGAGUCAGCGUAGUGCUUUUCCUGGUCAGCAGAUUCAGCCCUUAUGAAUGGCAUAUGGAAGAAAAUGAAGAAGGACGUGACCCCCAAAAUACUGAGCCACCUAAUGAGUUUGGGAUAUUUAAUAGUCUCUGGUUUUCUCUGGGUGCCUUUAUGCAGCAAGGAUGCGAUAUUUCACCAAGAUCCCUCUCUGGACGAAUUGUUGGAGGCGUCUGGUGGUUCUUCACUUUGAUUAUAAUCUCAUCAUACACUGCCAACCUUGCUGCUUUUCUCACAGUGGAGAGAAUGGUUUCUCCAAUAGAAAGUGCAGAGGAUCUUGCAAAACAAACAGAAAUUGCCUAUGGAACAUUGGAUUCAGGUUCUACCAAAGAAUUUUUUCGACGCUCAAAAAUAGCAGUAUAUGAAAAAAUGUGGUCCUACAUGAAAUCUGCUGAACCAUCUGUGUUUACCAAAACAACAGCUGAUGGAGUUGCCAAAGUUCGAAAAUCUAAAGGAAAGUUUGCCUUCUUGCUAGAAUCAACAAUGAAUGAAUACAUUGAGCAGAGGAAGCCAUGUGACACCAUGAAAGUAGGAGGGAACCUGGAUUCGAAAGGCUAUGGAGUGGCAACGCCGAAAGGAGCAUCAUUAAGAAAUGCUGUUAACCUCGCAGUAUUAAAACUGAAUGAACAAGGCCUCUUGGACAAAUUGAAAAACAAAUGGUGGUACGACAAAGGAGAGUGCGGCAGCGGGGGAGGUGACUCCAAGGACAAGACAAGUGCCCUGAGCUUGAGCAAUGUGGCUGGAGUCUUCUACAUUCUGGUUGGAGGACUUGGUUUGGCAAUGAUGGUGGCUUUAAUAGAAUUCUGUUACAAGUCCAGAGCAGAGGCGAAGACACUGAAGGUGGCAAAGAGUGCACAGAAUUUUAAGCCAGCUCCCACACAGAAUACCCAGAAUUUUGCAACAUAUAGAGAAGGUUACAACGUAUAUGGGACCGAAAGUGUUAAAAUUUAG